AUGCUGCGGGAGGGGCAUCCUAGGAAGGGUGCAGCGGGGGGCCUGCCUGCCAGACACCCACAGGGAGCUUGCCCUUUCAAGCAUGAAACAUACCAUCUGGGCUCCCCCACUCCCAGUGUGCUCUUAGCUCUGCCUGCCUGGCGUAGGGUCCUGGAGAACUUCUUGGAGCUCAUCCAGCAGCCAUCAUGCAAGGUGGUGCUGGGGACAGUCCUCUUACUCGGAGGCGGAGGCCUCAUACUGUGGCUUCAGAGGAAGAGGAGAAGGAAGAUAACUUCUGAGUCUCUACAAGAUGAGCACCAGCCACAAAGCACACAAGGCCACAAAGCACAGAACGACAACUGGAUCAAGUCUCACUUCAGCCGCCUUUCCGAAGAGAAGCUGGCCACCUGCAGCGGUACCGCCCCUCCGCAGCCUCACAGUGGCCACAGAGAGGCCAGCACCAUGACGCUCAUGGAGAUCGCCACCCCGAGGCAAGGAGAAGCAGGCGCUCCUCGCCACCAGGGGCCCUUCCCUAACAAACAGAAGGUAUUUGGAUCCUCAGUGGUCAAAGAGACCCACAAGGAGUCCUCAUCAACAGAUGAGGCUACAUGGGCUGCCGUGGCUACUAGCACUAAGGAGAUUGAUGCCAAGGGACGGCAGCUGGCUAACUCCAUGAUGCAGCGUGCCGUGGUUUACCAGAAUUCGGGCCACGUGGAACCCAAGGACAUCAACCAGGAGGAGCUGAAGGCCCUCGGGGAGGUGGAGAUAAAGCUGAAAAGCAAUUUCCUCACCCAGCGGGAAACCACUGUAGCUGGUAUGAACCACACACACACCUUCCAUGGCCACAGUCACCAUGGCCACCAGGAUCAUCCAAGCCACCCGAGCCACCAGAGCCACAGCCUGCCCAACCGCAGCCAUCAGCCCUAUCACCCCUUCGAAGCCACCUAACCACGGAUGGAGCGGCCCCUUCCCCCAGCAGGGUUGGUACACAACCACAGGCCUGUUUUCUCUUCCGUGGGACAACCUGUGUGGCCCAGAGUAAGAUGCUCCACCCUGAUCCCUUCCCUCUUAGGCCCCUGCGGGGGUCCUGGGCCCCUCUGACUUCAUGAGUGGGGUCUGCCACAGAGGACAGCCCUUCAUGGAGGGAGAGCUGGGAAGAAGCGCAGCAACUGAAACAGACUCACAGGCCCCUGUACCCACAAGUGCUCACCCACUGAGAGAAGACAGAUGAGGCAGAUCCCAGGAGCAGCUGAGAGCCCUGUGCUGAUGCCACAAGCCUGGAACUGAACCAAUAAAGCCUGUACACCCUCACUCUGAGUCUGGGGGCUCUGUGGCCAGCCUCGGUGCUGGGCAAGGAUAUGGGGAGAGGGCUCCUUCUCCCUCAGACCUCUUGACGUGGGCCUUGACCUGGGGCUUUUUCACUGGGCUGAUUUGAGACACCAUAAAAUGGCUUCUGCAAUAUCUCUAGAGGGCUUCACAUCCACCAACCUGCUGUUGUCAGGGAAAGAGGAAGCAGCCAGGAAUGGGGGGAGGAGGUGAGAUGGACUUCUAGAAGCAAGGAGUAAGCGGGGUGGGCUCUAGGCCCUUGUCCUAUGGGUGCCAUCCUCACCGGGUCUACGGCCUCUCCAGUCAUGUGGCAUCUCACCCUGCGGUGCCCUCUCUGCCCGCCUGCUCCCUCGAGCCCCGGGGGUCCCCGUGGUGCUCCCCCAUCACCCUUAGAGCCACGGCGAUCUAUAUUCUCUCCUUGCUUGCAUUAGCAUGGCCAGGGCUGAGAUUGCCACUUCUGUUAGUACGACCAGCAGCCCUUCUUUUUGAGGGUUGGUUUGUGUGUCCUUGGUGGGUGCCACGUUCUCUGUUAAGUGUUACAACACAGACCCGUGAGGGAGACCCGUACAUUCUCUCCAUAUUGCAGACGAGGGUCCUGAGGCUCAGAGACAUAAUCUGCCUGAGAUGGCUCAGACUGUCCGUGGUGUCGCUGGGGUUAGAGCCCUGCUUCGGCUGACCCGGACGCCCAAACCCAGGCCCCAGAUGAGUCCACCUCUCUCACGCUUAUUCCUGUCCUCUUCCCACAUGUUCUGACACUUUCUAUGCUCCCUGACAAGCCUCCUGCUUCCUCUUUCAGGAUCCCAAGAGGCCAUUUCUGAGGCAGCAUGUGACCCCCAGGGAGGCAGUUAAGGGAGGCAGUUGUCUCCCCCCACCCCGGGAACUGAGAGAAAUGGGCGGCACGGCACUGCCCAACCCCUAGUAAGCCCUUCGAAUAGAAAUUUCUCCCCAUUCCCGUCUAUUAUGGGUUUACUGGUGAUUUCCAACCUGUGGGCCUCAAACUCCAGGGAGAAGAUGUGUAGAAUCAUUGCAAAGAAUGGAUAGAUCAACAUCCUAAAUAUUGUCUGUGAGUUUCGGUAUAGAUUUGGGAAUAUUUAAAUAUUUUUUACGAUACUAGUAAGUGACUUUAUAUAAAUGCUGAUAUAUAUUUGCAUAUUUAAAAUACUUUAUAAUAAAAACUUAAAUUGGAAAAAAUGGGAUCAAUCGCACGGGCAAAUGUUGGAAGCUGCUUAAUUAGACAAAAGGCAAGAGUGGGGAGUAUGGCUUCAAGGCUUACAACAUAUCUCUGGCCAGUGUGGCUCAGUUGGUUGGAGUGUUGUCCCAUAACUAAAAGGUCGUGGGUUCGAUUCCCAGUCCAGGCACAUACCUGGGUUGUGGGGUUUUCUCCCCGGUCCGAGCAUGGGCAUGUGCGACCCCUCAUCUCAGCACAGAUCCCAGUCUGGGUGCACACAGGAGGCAGCCAGCCGGUUCCCCUCGCUCCCAUCAAUGUUUCUCUCUCUCUCACUCUCUCUCUCUUUCUUUGCCUUUUUGUAGAAGGAAUGAAAAUGAUGUCCUCAGGUGAGGAUUAAAAAAACCACUUAUCACAUAAAAUUUAAGAUGAGCUAAUUGUGACUUCAGAAUCUUUACUUUUAAAAAGUUUCCAAUUGGCAAAAUUCAAAUAAAAUCUGUAGUUAAUAUGGUACCAAGGUUAAUUCCCUGGCUCUGACACUGUUUGACAGUUGGGUAAGACGCUGUCAUUGAUGCGGGUUAUGUGAGUGAUCUUCGGAAACCUCCUCUACCAGUUUUGCACCUUUUCUAUACAUUUAAAAGCAGUUCAAAAUUAAGUCAAAAAAAUUUUCAGACAACUUAGCUAUGAGUGCAUAUUAAAAUUUCAUUACAGUGGCACUGUAAGGAAAAUGGUACUAAGCAGCCAACUCAAAAAUGGACUCUGAUCAGGAUAUUUCUGUAAGAAAACAGUUAAAUCAUUGUUGGACUAGCUACAAGGACAGUCAACAGCCACCAGACUCUUGCCCGAAAGUCAGCUGGAGAGGGGAGUGGCCGGUUUCCCAGACCAAGGCUCAAUUCCUUUAAAGCUCCCCCAGAAAUUGCUUCAGCAUCUUGUCAGGAAUGUUCAUUUCUUCCCUGUGGGAGGUGGUUGUGAAUCACAUCACAAAGGAGCUCUGCCCCAGGCCGGGUGUGGGACAGCUCUUCUUUGACACAGCGUGCUGUUGGCAAGCCCCUCAACUGGCAGUGUAGGAAGAUGUCAUGGAGGAAGCGGAAGUGAGGGGGACACCAUCCCUGACCUUGAUGAUUCCAGGCAAAGUAGGGCAGGUGCCAUGUGAGGAGAACAAGGUGCUGUGGAGAACACAGGGAGGGGGGCAUGGAGGAAAGGCCCUGUGGCCCUCGAAGUCCUGGAGGAGCUGAGACCAGGAGGGUGUUCCAGGCAGAAGAGAACAAAAAGCAGGAGCAAAGGUGUAGAGGCAGGAAGGAGACAGUGUGUCCGGGUGAUCUUGACAGUCAGUUUGGCUGCAGGGCAACAUUUAGAGAUAAACAAAAGGUAGGAGAAACGGCCAGAAAAGGGACUACGGGGCCCAGAGCCCAGGAGGAUUUAGGAAUGUAAAUGUAAAUCCAUUAUAUUUCCUCUCGAGAAAUUUUGCCUAACCCCAUAGGUGGGGUGGAGGAGAUUGAAGGGUUUGAGCACCUUUGUGAAAUUUUGAUUAGGCAACAGGGAAAGGUAAGGAACAUGUAGUAGAAGAAGUUCAGAGGGGAGACGUCCAGGGGAGAGAUCCCAGGAAGACUUCUCGGAGGAGGUGGCGAUGCUGAGGGGCCAAGGGGACGUAACAGUGAGAGAGUCUGUGAUUCUUUGUGGCCACAGUAAGUCUCUAGGUUGCUUGCGCAUCCCCAGCCCCAGAUACCUGUUCCUCUUCCCAGGCCACUCUGACUGCCCAGAACAGUCAGCAUAACCGAGGGAGAGAGGCUUUUUGUCUUAUAACUGGAGGGGCCUGAGAGGUCCAAGGGCUGCCUCCCCCCCCACACCCGCUGUCCUCGGAUCGCACGCUGCCACGCUCCUGCUUGAAGCUGGAGUACUUUCUCCUGACUCUGGAAUAAAAACAGCUAACACCGAGUGCCAGGUUCUGUUCUAAGUGCUUUACAACUCAGUUGAGCUUCACAACAACUCUUCGAGCAGGGUGCUCCUAUUAUCCCUGUUUUUCAUUCAGUGAAGCUGGGCUUUGGUCAAGCUAGUGGCCCAAGAUGUCAUAGCUGGUAAAGUGUCGCUCUACCGCCUUGGUCCGCUUCUCAUUUUCCUUGCUCCCACUGGGACUCCAGCCUGUUCCUCUAGUCCCCGCUCUACAACAGCAGAGACACAUGGGGCCUGAAACUGGACAGCCCAGUAGGAGGAAGCUCUUGGGGCAGCAGUUCCUAGAUUUCAAAGGGCUUUCUUGUAAGUUUCCUUCUUUGUGCGUUUAGGGACAGCCCUCUAAGGUAGGAUUGAGAUGGUUUUUAUUGUCAUCCCGUAGAAAAGGAAGUGGCUGCCUUAGGUGGUGUGGCUCAGUGGAAUGAAUCCAGGCUGUGAACCGGGAUGUUGCCGGGUCGAUUCCAGUCAGGGCACAAGCCUGGGUUGCAGGCCCAGUCCCCAGUAGUGGGCGUGCGAGAGGCAACUGCACCUUGGUGUUUCUCUUCCUCUCUUUCUCCCUCCCUUUCUCUCUCUCUGAAAAUAAAUAAAUUAAAAAUUUUAAAAAGGAAAUAGAGACUCAGAGGCGUGAUUUCACUGGCUCAGUAGCCAGGUGACUUGCGUCCAGUGCUUCCCUGACUCUUACCACUCUCCCUCCCCAGCCUGGCAUUUCUUCCCUCUUAGGGGUCAGGCCUGGGUCAGAUGCUCCCUUAAAUGACACAAGGAAGAGGCCACUGGGAGUCUUGAGCACAGGGCCUUCCUUCACCCCCCAGAGUGUUAGACCCAGCUGUCCUGCUGUUGAGGCCCCACUGGUGGGGGGCCCAGGGGCCUCUGGAGCUGACCGCUCAGAAUGAAGGGGUACUUGGGAGUGAGUGGCUAUGGCCGAAGAAGUGGCUGGAGCAAGAAGUCACCUCAGACCCCUUCGAGGAGGGAUAAGGAGGGACAGCAGGCACAGUUCCGGGGGGAAGAUGUUCUUCCAUUUGGCUAAAGAGAGUAGCAAAAGCUUGAUCUCUGUCUUUGAUCUCCGAAUCUGAGGGUGCUGGGCGGACCACGGCUGCCCUGGGGCCCUCUCCAGGCCUGGCGGGUCUGCGAGUGGGGAUGACCCACCGGGAAAGCCCUGGGGCCUUAUGUAACAAGGCAGGAGGAGGCUCCUACCAUCGGCUGCCAGCCCAACACGAAGGAAUUGGCCUGACACGGAGGAAUUGCUUCUAGGGAGGCAAUCCAACAGAAGCCAAAUGCUAUUUGCCUCAAGAUGUUCCCUGCAAUCUUAGCAAGACAAGACAAAACAAAACCAUGGGAAAAAAUGUGAAGUGUCCAGAGCUAUCCUGGCAAUCUACUCAGUGGACUCUAAUGGCCUGUGAGCAGCACGGAAAAGCUCUGUGGUGUCACAGGGACCCUUCAUCACACUGUGUCCCCUGGAGAUGACUCACGGGAAUAGUCUCUCUUGGUCCCAGUGCCAGGAAACUCUGUGUCGCUCCAGGGCAGCUGCCUGCUUUUGUCUUGGGUCCUGCGUACCUGUCAGCCGACCACGUUUCCCUUUCAGCUUUGAUUGUCGGGAAGCUCCAAGUCCAAUUCAUGGCUGGUGGCUCACAACUGCAUGGCAGUGGGUUUGAAAUCAACAUCGUUCCCGAAUUUAUUGUUUUCCUCUCUAACGCUUCUAGUUACUAAUAAUCUUGUUGUAUUUUAUGCUUUAUUUGCCAACUAUUGAAGAAAAUAUAUUUUGGGGCAGAGAGGAGAAAGAAGAGGAAAGAAAAUUUUUUUUAAAAGGAGGCAAAUGGUUUUACUAACAUUCCUUUCAGAUUUAGCUGAACGGUGGCAAUUCUGCUGGUCUCUCAUGGAUAUAAAAGCACUGACACCUUUAACUGGUAAUAUAAGAAACCAUUUCAAGACCCUGGCUGGUGUAGCUCAGUGGAUUGAGCACGGGCCUGCGAACCAGACAAUCGCGGUUCGAUUCCCAGUCAGGGCACAUGCCGGGGUUGCAGGCAGGUUCCCUGCAGGCCAGUUCCUAGCAGGGGAUGCACGAAAGGCAACCAUACAUUGAUGUUUCUCUCCCUCUCUCCUUCCCUUCCCCUCUAAAGAUAAAUAAAUAAAAUCUUUAAAAAAAAAAAA